CAAAUCAGCCAUUUUAUUUUAGUUUGGUUUGGAAAAGCCAACGUCGUUCCUCGCUUUGCUGCAAAUAUUUUUUAAAUAAAUUAGUAUUAAAUAUUAUUAAUUUAUUUAAUAUUAGUAGUUAUAUAUCUAUACAUAUAUAUAUAUUAGUAGCAACUUAAUAUAUAAAUUAUAUUAACGAAAAAACGUAAAAGCAACAAAAAAUUACUUUUUUCGUUCAAGUAAUAUAAAAAAGCAAGGAAAAAUAAAAUACAAUUCAAACAACUCUACCUACGUAAGUGAAAAAAUAAAUCGAUUUUUCAAUUUUUUUCACACACAAAGAAGUAACCCGAAGACUUACAAAAGAAAAAAUAGAAAGCGAGGCGGCGGCUUUGGUCUAUAGAAAAAAUAAGUUGUAAAAACAUAAAACUUUUUUAACUGGAAACUUGUAAUACAAUUCUAAUACAAAAAGUUUUUAAGCUACUUAUUGUUGAAAAAAAGAAAAUCAGCAAAGUUAGAAAUAUAAAAAGAAAAAUACAAACAACUAUAAUUUAAAUCCAAAAAAAAACAAGAAAAAUAUUUGUUUGUAAAAGAAUAUAUUUAUAUUAUCAAAGACAAACCAAACAUGUAUCCCAAUGGUUAUACUGCUACAACACAGGGUGUUACAGCCCCAAAUGCCAAUUACGCCAAUGGUAAUAUGAAUAAUGGACCACGUCCCGAACGUCCACAAUAUCAACGCAACAACAGUGGCGGUAAUGGUGGCGCAUCCUAUGGUGCACCCAAUAAUAUGGGUGGUGGUUAUGGUGGUAAUCCACAAGCUACUGCCUAUGGUGGUGGUUAUCGUAAUAACUUCAAUCCCAUGAUGGCUAAUGGUGGACAAAAUUUCUAUAAUAAUUCCGCUGGUGGCUAUAAGCCACGUGGCAACAAUCCCAAUUUUACACCACGUUAUCAGAAACCACAAAAUGGCAAUGGUGGCUAUCAACCAAAUAAUUCUUAUAAACCGGCCAUUAACUUGGGUUCCCUAUCGAAGGAAGAACGUGCUGAGUUACAACGUGAAAAGGCUAAAAAUCCCGGUCGCACUUUAUCUACACCACAAUGGGAAGAUUUGCAGCCUUUUAAGAAGAAUUUCUACAUUCCCCAUCCAAAUACUUUGAACAAGAGCGAACAAGAAGUUGCGGAUAUACGCGCUGAUUUGCAAAUUACUGUGUCUGGCAAUGAAAUUCCUCAUCCUAUUGGUUCAUUUGAAGAAUGUACUUUGCCCGAAUACACCAUUGAAGAGAUGAAACGUCAAGGUUUUACCAAGCCCACUGCUAUACAAGCUCAAGGUUGGCCUAUUGCUUUGUCGGGACGUGAUUUAGUCGGUAUAGCUCAAACUGGUUCGGGUAAAACAUUAGCUUAUAUGUUGCCAGCCAUGGUACAUAUUGCCAAUCAACCACCACUACAACGCGGAGAAGGGCCCAUUGCUUUAGUCUUGGCUCCAACACGUGAAUUGGCUCAACAGAUCCAAUCAGUCGUACGUGAUUAUGGUCAUUUAUGCAAACCUGAAAUACGUCAUACUUGCAUCUUUGGUGGUUCAUCUAAGGUGCCACAAGCUCGUGAUUUAGAUCGUGGUGUUGAGGUCAUCAUUGCCACUCCCGGACGUUUGAUUGAUUUCCUCGAAAAUCGUACUACUAAUUUACAACGUUGUACUUAUUUGGUCUUAGAUGAGGCUGAUCGUAUGUUGGAUAUGGGUUUUGAGCCUCAAAUACGCAAGAUUAUCGAACAAAUUCGUCCCGAUCGUCAAGUUGUCAUGUGGUCUGCUACUUGGCCCAAAGAAGUUCAAGCUUUAGCCGGUGAUUUCCUCAAUGAUUAUAUACAAAUUAAUAUUGGCUCCAUGAAUCUAUCGGCCAAUCAUAAUAUUCGUCAAAUAGUCGAAAUAUGUCAGGACAAUGAGAAACCACAAUUGGUGGUGAAACUAUUGAAGGAUAUUUUGCCAAAUCAAAAUAAUGCCGCUAACAAUAACAAUAAGAUUAUUAUAUUCGUGGAGACUAAAAUCAAAGUUGAAGAAAUAUUGCAAAUUAUCCGCAACGAAGGCUACACAGCCACCUCAAUACACGGUGAUAAAACCCAAGCUGAACGUGAUUCAGUAUUGAAAGAUUUCCGCAAUGGUAAAUCCAAUAUAUUGAUUGCUACCGAUGUGGCUUCGCGUGGUCUCGACGUGGAAGACUUGCAAUAUGUCAUCAACUAUGAUUAUCCCAACUCCUCGGAAAAUUAUGUUCAUCGUAUUGGACGUACUGGACGUUGUCAACAAUUGGGCACUGCUUAUACAUUCUUUACACCCGACAAUGCCAAACAGGCUAGAGAAUUGAUAUCCGUAUUGGAAGAAGCCGGUCAGCAGCCUUCACAGGCGCUUAUAGAUUUGGCACGCUCGAUGGGUGGUGGCGGUAAUAACCGUAAUAAUAACAAACGUUGGCAAACACCCAAUCAAGGUAAUCAACAGCAGCAGCAGCGUAAUAAUCCUUUGAAUUAUCAAGCUAAUGGAGGCCAAGGUGGUGGCAGUUAUACACCUAAACCACAGUAUCAACAAUAUAAUAACAAUGCCGGCGGCAGCGGUGGUUAUCAGCAGCAACAGCAAAAUGGUGGUGGCAAACCAGGCGGUAUGGGCAAUUGGAAUAACCGUAAUAAUGGUCAAUAUAACAAUGGUACUACUGGCCAAGAGGGUGGUAGAACUUAUCGUCCUCGUGCUCCCUUCAAUGCUGCUGGUGGUAAUGGUCCACGUCCCAUGAUGGGUGGCUAUGUAGCACAUCCUCAUAUGCCUCCACACAUGCAACAGCAGGCGGGUGGUUACAUGGCUCCCCAACAGUAUCGCCCACGUGGCCAAUACAUGCAACCCAAUGGCAGUACACCACGUUUCCAACAGUAUCAAAAGCGCGACUAUCAACAACAAAACGGACAAAAUGCUAAUGGGCAAUAUAAUAAACAAAUGAUGGAACAAAAUAAUCAACAAGAUGCUACUUCUCUAGCAGCUCAACAGCAACAAAUCAGUGUGGCAGCCAAUAUAGCGGCUGCAGUAGCUGCUGCUGGUGGCCAAGUGGGAGGUCCCGCAGAAUACCCUAAUGUUUCCACACCACCAGCUGGUGCUUUAUAUGCGGCUCCCGCACAAUCACCACCAGCUGCCGGAGCUCCUGCUUAUAUGUAUGAUGCCAGUGGCAUGUUGGCUGCUGCAGCAGCAGCUGCUGGUAAUCCUUAUGCUGCUGGUCAAUACGGACCACCACCUACUGCUUACUAUACCGCUCAUCCCCAUCAAUUUGCCGCUGCACCCAAUGGUGGUGUGGCCGCCAACGCCAAUGGAGCCAACCAGGGCGCCGAGUUAAUUGCCCAACCCCAACAGCAGUAAAAGAAGAAAAAAAAGGUACAUUUUUUCUAAUUCCCUCAUAUAUUCAAAAUAUAUACAUAUAUAAUUUUUUUUUUUUUGCAAACAAAAACAAAUAUUAUUAAUAUUAAUAAUUAAUCAAUUAAAUUUAACUAUGAAGAUAAAAAACAUAAUUUUAAAAAAUAUCAAUUAAUCACUACAACACUACUAAAGGAAAAAAACGAAAAAAAUCUGAUUUCUUUUUCUCCAAAAACAAACAAUUGAUGUAAAACGAAAAUAUUUUAAACCUUUUUUUCAUUAAAACAAAUGAAAUAUGAAUGAAUUAUUAUAAAAAUAAGAAACAACCAACAAAAAAGGGUUUGAAAAUUUAACAAAAGGAGUUUUUUAACCCACAGCAUUUAUUUAAAAAAAGACAUCUCUUUAAACAGAUGCUGGUCAUCUAAGAACAAAAAAAAACUCCCUUUAAAAAAUUAACAUAAAAUGAUAAAAAAACAAAACAAAUCAACAUUUCCCCCAAUUUUUUUUCUGUUUUUAUAAACUCUCUACUUUACAAAAAGAAAACAUUAUUAAAAAAAAGGAAAAUAUUUUUUUUAUAAACGAAACCAUUCAAUUAUUAUUAAUUUUGUUUUAUAAAACACUAAAAGGUUUAAAACAAAACAAGAAAAAGUUUUAUAUUUUUAACACAGCAGAGCUUGUUAAAAUCGAAAAAAAUAUUAAUGAAAACUCGAAAACGAUUUCUUUUAAACCUUCGAGUGUAAUAAAAGUAAACAAAAAACCAACAUAAAUUAAUGAUAAUAAUUAUAACAAUAGUAAUAAUAACAACAAAUGAUUAAUGAAGAAAAAACAUUUAAAAAACAAAAUGAAAAAAUUAUAAUUUUGUAAACCGUAAAUGAACUCUUUAAUCUUUAAUUUUUAUUUUUACUUUAAUGUUUUUUUAUUAUUACAAUUAUUAUUUUUGUUUAUUUAAAAUAAAUUAAAUUUUAAUUUUACAAUGAGUAACAACAAAGAAGAAAAUAACAAACAAAAACAAAAAAAAAAAAAAUACAAAUCAAUACAAUUUUAUAAAUUAAUUUGAUUUAAAAAUUAAUUAAUGAGCAACAAAAAACUUAAACUUAUUUUUUUUUUUUGCAUUUAAGUAUUAUAAAUAACUUUUUGUUGUUGUUUUUUUUUUAAUACAAAAAGCUAAAAACAAUUUUUUAUAUACUUUUUUGUUUUAAACAAAAUUUAAUGAAAUUUAAUUGAUGCAUUAAAUUGAAAGAAAUUCCCUAGAAAAAAAUGCAUUAAUUAAAACUAAACACUUGCCAAAGCCGCCGCCGCAGCCGCCUUUUGUCAUUAUAUUUAAAUAUUAUUAUAUGUGUGUGUGUGUUAAAAUAUACUACUAAUAUAUAAUUUUUGUGUUUGAUAAGAAAUUAAAUUUGUUUUUUUCAUAAAAUCAAACCAAUUUAUAAAAAAAAUAUUAUGCAAAACGAACAAAAAAAUAUAUAAAAAAAGAAUGAAUGUUAUAAACAUAAAAACUAAUAAUGAAACAUUUUGAAAGCUAAAGGAAAUUAUUAAUUAGAAGAAAUGGAAAUCAUAUAAAAAUAACAACACAAAAUGCGCCACAUUCAUCCAUACAAAUAUUAAGAUAAAAAGAAAUGAGAAUACAUAAUAGUUUCUCUUAAGUUUCUUUUUAAAAUUUUUCUCUAAGCAUAUUUUCUUUGUAAGUUUCUGAUAACAACAACGAAGAGAGAGGAGAUUUAAAAGUUUUGUAG